AUGAGUGCUCCGGCUGCUGCUCCCUCUGGCGCGAAAAAGCCCAAGUCAUCGAAGCCUAAGGUUCCUGCGACUCAUCCGCCUGUCAUUGACAUGAUCAAGGCUGCCAUCACUGCCGCUAAGGACCGAAAGGGCACUUCCCUCCCAACCAUCAAGAAGUACGUCAGCGCGAACUACAAAGUUGAUGUCGAAAAGCUAGGCCCCCACCUUCGGCGCGGCAUAGUUCACGCCGUCGACAAGGGUGUCCUAGUUCGCGUUGGUAACAAAGGCAAGGGGGCUUCCGGGAGCUUCAAGCUUGCGGACAAAAAGGUGCCUGAGCCGAAGCCGAAAGCAGCCGCGAAACCUAAGGUUGCAAAACCCAAGAAAGCUGCCGCGCCUAAAAAGCCUAAGGCCGUGAAGAAACCUUCAAAACCAAAGAGCAAGACGCCGUCAAAGCCUAAAGCUGCCAAGAAGCCAAAGGCUGCGCCAAAGAAGUCAAAACCAUCCAAGAAGCCGGCACCCAAGAAGACUCCCAAGAAAAAGUAG